GUAUCUCAAAGAAAUGCCUGAUGCCUAUUUCCACUCAAUAGUGAGGACUUGGGUGAAAUCUGAGACUAUGUGUGAAAAUUUUAAUAUUUUAAACUAGACACCAGUUUGGCCUUGUGUAACACAACCGCCAAAGAAAGGAAUUUCUUGCUUCAGAUGAAUUGGCACCAAACGAAAGCCCUUUAACAAAUGAAACAACACAGAGGUAUAGAACAUAUGCAAAAUGAAAGUCUUCUUCACCAAGAAGACUUUCUCUUGUCACCAAAAUGGGCAUUGGCCCUUGGAUGUUGCAACAUGCUGUGUAAUUCUGUGCUCUGGGCUAAAAGAACUGGUGCUGACUUUCCGUUAGCCGUGAAUUGACAUCUUUCUGUUCCUCGGAAUUAUUGACAAGAAUGUUCUACCUUGCUAAUAGGAGCACAUUGAGUGAUUGAUUUUGUCAUUAAGGAAGACUUGAAAUGUGUUGGCACUAGAGGGGGUUAAUAUAUAAUCUCUAUCUCAUUCAUGGCCAUGGUACCAGCUUACCAAUUAGUUGAGUUUGUUCAGGAAAAGGGCACUAUUUGUUCACCUGAUUUUCUAUUUUUUAUGCAGAUAAAGAUUAUGGUAAAUAAUGAUAAUAUUCAAAAAUGCUCCAAGGUAACCAGUUCAGAAAGAUCGCCCCAGACUGUGUCCUAUAAAAUUCUAAGAUCUAUGAUCAACCAAUAGGGAAGAAGUAACUUAUUUGAGUCAGCUGAACUUCUUACAUUUUUUUGUUGUUUCAGCCAGGUGGGGACUCCCCAUAUUAAUGAAUAGAGAGGUUUUAAAUGGAAGAGAUGGAGUGCUCAACUUUGGACAGUGCAUGGGGUUUUGUUUGUUUGUUUGUUUUUGUUUUUGUUUUUGUUUUUGUUUUUGUUUUUGUUUUUGUUUUUGUUUUGAGCAUGGAAGCAACCAGAGUAAUGGAUAAAAUAUAUUUUUCCAUGAGAGCCAGGAACUAAACUGUUUUUGACUGGGAGUGUUUGAGACUUGUGACAAGUUAACUAACAGCACCUACUAUGAUUUUGUAACUAUGCAAUGAAGAAUUGGGAUGAAUGUGUAAUUACCAAUAAGCAAAGCUAUCUGACGAUUAUCCUUUUGAAAGAAUGUUGAGUCCUCUCCACUAAGAUACUGACUUAAUAAUCCAAGCAAGAGUAUUGGUUCACAAAUUUGAUUCUCAAACACAUAUUCCUUGCAAACUUUGUAAAAGCAUAAAGGAGCAAGUCUUGUCCUGCUUUAAGGAAGUGGUGCCUAUAUAUUCUGAAUUAGUUCUCCAACUGAUUCUGAAAAGACAAAGUUUGUAAGUACUGGCCGAAAAGUCAACACCCAGCCUGUAAAACCCCUACAACUGAUGUUCCCAAAGGCACAGGCAAAGUUACUAACUACUGAUGAAAAUGAUACUUGGGAGGCUUCUGUAUCUUACAAGAACCAUUAAAAUUGCCAGCUUAUAUUAUCUUAUUAAAAUCAUUGUUGUAUGUUCUCAUUAAAAAUAAUCAUAAGAUUCUGUAAGUUAGUGAGAGUACCAUUCUGUACACAGGAGGCAGGCAAAUGAUUUAGAUAAGGCCACAUUAGUAGGAACUGGUAAAUUAGGGGCCCACCUGCAACCUCUAUUCUAUUCAACAACCCAUUAAAAUCAAUAAUCCUUAGGAAUUAGGGAAAUCUGAACAUUCCACAAGUAGAGAAUAACACAAAGGGUUUCUAUGAACUUAAAACAGUUCCUGACUUGUAAUUAAUUAUAUGUAUUGAACAAAGUAAAGUUUUUCUAAUAUAAUGCAAUUGUAGAUAAAAGAAAAUGUUUCUGACUCACAAGGAAGUAGCAACCUGACAAUAAGAAAUGGGUCAGGUUUGAAUUAUUCUCUUUAAUCUGGAGAAAGGGAUCAUAAAUUACUUGACCAUUUGCAUCUGAGAAGUUAGGAGUUUUAGGUAGUUACAGUGCUACAGUUUGAGAAAGGAAAUGGGUAGAAAGCACUUCAGAUGAAAGUUGGAAUUUGUAUAUUUCUUUGAAAUGGUUCCAGAUGUUAAUAAGGCUAAGAAUGAUAGGAAAAUAAAAACCAGGUUAUGCUUCAGAAUACUUUAUUAUUUUCUUUCUUUUCACAUUUGGGAAGAUACUGGUUCAAUUUCCUCUAGAAAAUAGAAAAAAUGCUUUCAUCACUGUCACACUUGUGUCUUCCAAGAGAGGGUGUGUUUAGUUAUGGUCAGUUUCAAUCCUCCAUGGGGGAAAGGGUGCAUCAGGGAAUUUUGCCUUCUUUCUCUCUGGACCUCUUUUCUCAGAAAUUGUGCAUGGCCCAUAUGUGAACGGAAUACCCAAGCUAGAGGACUGAAGGCAAAAGACAUGCCCAAUCAUGAAUAACAAUCACAGCUGCUCUGGGGGUCUUGUGUACAGUAUUAAAUUGUUGCCAGGUAAAGAAGAUGCUUGUAUAUUUCAUGGACUGUUCUUACAUGUAAAGAGCAUUUAUUUUCACUAUUCCUAUUUUCUUCAUAGCAUCUGCAGUGAACAUUCACUGUGUAGAGAUGAUUGGUUUUUCAGCACUCCAAAGGUUCCCAAUUUAAAGUACUCUUGUACAUAUUCAAUCAUGCUAUGAUUUUUUGCAGAGAACAGAAUGAUUAAGCUGCCAGUGACUUAUUGUGAGUUCAAAAUAUCUGACAAAUAACGGAUGGUGUACUAUGGUGACUUCCACAAUGACACAUCAUAGAAUUAAUAGUGAGGAGAUGGCAUAUGAUCUUUAAGGAAUAUGACGGUAUCAAAAAAAAGUGCAUGAAAUGUCCUCAUAGUGCUCUGAAAUUAUCUUAAUGUUUAAAUAUUAAUUCUAGGAGAUAAAAGUUGAAUCCAGACUGUAGCAUCAAGUGUGACUAUUUCUGUGGAAUAAUGUCACAGUGUGUUUUCAAACGCUUUGGUAAUAGAGCUGUGUUCUGUUAAAUGUGGCAGAAAAGCAAAUUGCAGGCAGGCUCGGAAGGUAGCAACUGCUGAAGAUAACCAGACGUAUGUAAUGGAAAAGAUAUCCCAAGCUUAAGUGUGGCCAGAGAGCUCAGCCCUAGCUCUCUAAUCAAAAGACCGUUCGUCUUUAUUUUCAGCUAGCUCUCCUCGCCAGGACCAAAACACUAUCUUGGAACAUCUCCAGAAGGAAAUAGUGAACAUUCUUCCUGCUGUAGGGAAAAUUCACAGAAUCUUUAAUCCUGUGUCACAGAGAUAGACUAAAUUAAUCUAAAAUAUUAGAUCUUCAUGCAGAUGCAAUUUUUUUAGCGACACACAGACACAGUAUUCCUUGCAACUUUGACAGGUUGCAUCCCUUUUCUUUGGAAGCCCGCAUCCUGCGGCUCAUUUUCAACAAGCUCUGAGAAACAGCCAGGAAUCAUCAAAUGCAUUUCUGUGAGAGGAGAGGACCUAGUCAAGCAGCGAAGAGCAAACCUCCGGGCAGCAAGGAGCAGAAAGGGAGGGAGGCGCGGGCACAGUGGGGGGAGAGGGGGGGGAAGGAUCUAGAGUGCGGGCCUGACUCCUGACUGGCUGGAGUGGUUUUGGAGAAAGUCAGAGCCCCAGCUGGCCAGUCGGGAGCUGUCCAACUUUUCAGCAGCUCUGAGACCCAGGUUCAGGUGCCCGGACUCAAGAGCGGGCUACAGCUGCGAGACAGCCUCUGUACCUCCAGCUGCCAACAGUCCCUAAUCUCAUCGGCAGUGCCCGGAGAAACGAAGAGAAGAGAGGGAGGAAGAAGAAACCGACCAUCAGAGAAGCCGCGCAUCCGAGUCUUGGUUACUUGGGAGCAACCACCGGGCGUGCGUCUCUGCCUCGUCCACCCAGCAGGGAUCCCUGUGGCUUUCAGUGAUCGCACCCGCUAACAGAGCCCCCUCUCGGUGGCCUGGAGCCUCUGGCCGCUACAAGUCGGAAGCUGAGCCCAGCUUCUGUCUCGGGGAAGCAGCUGCAGCAGUAGCCCGGAGGGCGCUCGGGCCAGCACGGUGGACCCUGCGGGGCAGCGGGGCGCGGAGCCGGCCAGGAUGGAGGCAGAGGGCAGCAGCGUACCGGCCCGGGCGGGCAGCGGCGAGGGCAGCGACGGCGCCGGCGGGGCCGCGCUCAAAGCCCCUAAGCAUCUCUGGAGGCACGAGCAGCACCACCAGUACCCGCUCCGGCAGCCCCAGUUCCGCCUCUUGCACCCCCAUCACCACCUGCCCCCGCCGCCACCACCCUCGCCCCAGCCCCAGCUGCAGCCACCGCCACCGCCCCCACUGCCGCCACCCCCGCCGCCGCCCGGAGCUACCCGUGGUCGCUACGCCUCGAGCGGGGCCAGCCGCGUCCGGCACCGCGGCUACUCGGACACGGAGCGCUACCUGUACUGCCGCGCCAUGGACCGCACCUCCUACGCGGUGGAGACAGGUCACCGGCCCGGCCUGAAGAAAUCCAGGAUGUCCUGGCCCUCAUCAUUCCAGGGACUCAGACGUUUCGAUGUGGACAAUGGUACAUCAGCGGCACGGAGUCCCUUGGAUCCCAUGACCAGCCCAGGAUCUGGGCUAAUCCUCCAAGCAAACUUUGUCCACAGUCAACGCCGGGAGUCCUUCUUGUAUCGAUCCGACAGCGAUUAUGACCUCUCUCCAAAGUCUAUGUCCAGGAACUCCUCGAUUGCCAGCGAUAUACAUGGAGACGACUUGAUUGUGACUCCAUUUGCUCAGGUCUUGGCAAGCCUGCGAACCGUACGAAACAACUUUGCUGCAUUAACUAAUUUGCAAGAUCGAGCACCCAGCAAAAGAUCACCCAUGUGCAACCAACCAUCCAUCAACAAAGCCACCAUCACAGAGGAGGCCUACCAGAAACUGGCCAGCGAGACCCUGGAGGAGCUGGACUGGUGUCUGGACCAGCUAGAGACCCUGCAGACCAGGCACUCCGUCAGUGAGAUGGCCUCCAACAAGUUUAAAAGGAUGCUUAACCGGGAGCUCACGCAUCUCUCUGAAAUGAGUCGGUCAGGAAACCAGGUGUCAGAGUACAUAUCGAACACAUUCUUAGAUAAGCAACAUGAAGUGGAAAUUCCCUCUCCAACUCAGAAGGAAAAAGAGAAGAAGAAAAGGCCAAUGUCUCAGAUCAGUGGAGUCAAGAAGUUGAUGCAUAGCUCCAGCCUGACGAAUUCAUGCAUCCCUAGGUUUGGGGUUAAAACAGAACAGGAGGAUGUCCUGGCCAAGGAACUAGAAGAUGUGAACAAAUGGGGUCUUCAUGUUUUCAGAAUAGCAGAGCUGUCUGGUAACCGGCCUCUGACUGUUAUCAUGCACACCAUUUUUCAGGAACGGGAUUUAUUAAAAACAUUUAAAAUUCCAGUAGACACUUUAAUUACGUAUCUCAUGACUCUGGAGGACCAUUACCAUGCUGAUGUGGCCUACCAUAACAACAUCCAUGCUGCGGAUGUCGUCCAGUCUACUCACGUGCUAUUAUCUACACCUGCUCUGGAGGCCGUGUUCACAGACUUGGAGAUUCUCGCAGCCAUUUUUGCCAGUGCAAUACAUGAUGUGGAUCAUCCCGGCGUGUCAAAUCAAUUUCUGAUCAAUACGAACUCAGAACUUGCCUUGAUGUACAACGACUCCUCUGUCUUAGAGAACCAUCAUUUGGCUGUAGGGUUUAAGUUGCUCCAAGAAGAAAACUGUGACAUUUUCCAGAAUCUGACCAAAAAACAAAGACAAUCUUUAAGGAAAAUGGUCAUUGACAUUGUACUUGCGACAGACAUGUCAAAGCACAUGAAUCUGCUGGCUGAUUUGAAAACGAUGGUAGAGACGAAGAAGGUGACGAGCUCCGGGGUUCUCCUCCUUGAUAACUAUUCCGACAGGAUCCAGGUUCUUCAGAAUAUGGUGCACUGCGCAGAUCUGAGCAACCCUACGAAGCCGCUCCAGCUCUACCGCCAGUGGACGGACCGGAUAAUGGAGGAGUUUUUCCGCCAGGGGGACCGAGAGCGGGAGCGCGGCAUGGAGAUAAGUCCCAUGUGUGACAAGCACAAUGCCUCUGUGGAAAAAUCACAGGUGGGCUUCAUAGACUAUAUUGUUCAUCCACUCUGGGAGACAUGGGCAGACCUCGUACACCCCGAUGCCCAGGACAUUUUGGACACUUUGGAGGACAACCGCGAGUGGUACCAGAGCACAAUCCCUCAGAGCCCCUCCCCUGCACCCGAUGACCAAGAGGAGGGCCGGCAGGGCCAAACUGAAAAAUUCCAGUUUGAACUAACUUUAGAGGAAGACGGUGAGUCAGACACUGAGAAGGACAGUGGUAGCCAAGUGGAGGAAGACACUAGCUGCAGCGACUCUAAGACCCUGUGCACUCAAGACUCAGAGUCCACCGAGAUCCCCCUUGAUGAGCAGGUGGAGGAGGAGGCCGUAGCGGAGGAGGAGGCAAGCCAGCCCGAGACUUGUGUGGCAGAUGAUUGUUGUCCUGACACGUAACAGUGUAAAGACUGUCACGCCUUUUUUUUUUUUUUUUAAAGUAGAAAAAUUGUUUCCAAAGUGCAUGUCACAUGCCACAACCAUGGUCACACCUCACUAUCAUCUGCCAGGACGUUUGUUGAACAAAACUGACCUUGAACUACUCAGUCUGGCGCUCAGGAAUACCGUAACCAGUUCUUGCACCUCCAUGUCAUCGGAGCAAGGGGGAACGUCUUCACGAACAUGAUCUUGACAUGAGUUCAGCUUGGCAGAGCUGACAGAGUGGGUAAAAUCAACUCCAACUGUUUUCAAGGGAGCGUGGCUCAUCAGGCUGCCCCAGAGUAGGUUGGAUUGCCGGAUUCCUCUCUGGUGGGUUUGCAGGAAUUUUGAGAAGAAAGAAGGCAUUUGAGGGACGGAGUGAGCUCACAGAUGAAGGGUUGAAAACGUCACGAAGAGGACAUAGCCUGAGUCUGUGCGCAGGAGGAGGAUGAGCCACAGAAAUUGCAUAAUUUUCUAAUUUCAAGUCUUCCUGAUACAAGACUGAACAGUGUGGUUCAAUGAGCCACACACACCUCUACAUUUUGUAUGAUAUGUAAAACAGAUUUUUUGUAGAGCUUACUUUUAUUAUUAAAUGUAUUGAGGUAUUAUAUUUAAAAAAAACUGUUCAGAACUUCAUCUGCCACUGGUUAUUGUUUUUUUUUUCCUAAGGAGUAACUUGCAAGUUUUCAGUACAGAUCAGUGCUACACUGGAUAAAUCUCACUUACGAAUUUUACUUGCACCUUAGAAUUCCUAGCAAUUAACCGAUUUGUAGUGAUUCAUUGUUUUAUAUACCAAUGACUUCCAUACUUUAAAACAGAGAAACAACUUUAUGUUGCUGGAAACCCUUUUUGUAAGUGUCCGUUGACUCCGCCUUUUAGUUCCACAACUCCCCCAGGCCGGAGAGUCGCUCUCCAUCACUGCUUCCUUCAUGGUGUGCAAAGUGAGUAUUUAUUCUGUAACCCUUCGAUGUGCAUUAUGUCAAAUGUGUCUUCAGCCUCAUAGAAGCUCAGUCAUCAGUUAGUGUUGUCCAAAGUAGACGGGAGAUAUAUAAAUACCUAGUAGCUGAAAGAGUCGGUCUUUUUCGGGCAUUUUCCUACCGACUGCCUUCUGAUGCCUUUUUAUUUUCCUGUGUCAGGAGACAUGCAUUUCACAAAUGCAUGUCCUUGUCACCCACACAUUUCAUGAUCGCUUUAUUGUCGUUCACAGCCACUUAUAAAAAGAAAUACGUUUUUUCCUUCAUGCUGCACUAUUUAAUGUGUGUUCCAAGCGUCUGCCCGUAUUCUCUAGGUGGGGUCUCAUCAAGGAUAUCACUACCGUUCUGACCUAGAAAAAAGAAACAGGUUAUCAGGUUAGGGUUGACGUUCGUUUCUCCCCAUGGUUGUGUGUCAUCACUAGCUUAUACUCUGGGGUUGCAGAGGAAAAACAUGGUAAGUGCUACGUAGGCAGUUCUUAAGAAGGUGAGCAGACUAUAUCAACACAUACCAGGACAACCUCCAUGAGGAGUAUCCCUGGAAAGUGCUUCUAAGUGGAGCGGCCACUCUCCCUUAAUAGUUAGCCCGGUAAGGUGUAAAAUUGCCAGCGAUUCUCAUUGCUCUGCAGACUUGUCCUAUAGGAAGGACUACUUCAGAGACACUGAAUGAAAGUUAAUGUUGCCACUGGCACCAGGGAGAUAGUUAUGCGAUGCAAUCUAAAACAUUGGAUUGACAGAGUCUGCCAGUGCCUCAGUACAGCAUUAAGAGGGGAUUCCAGAUUUCAACCCCAGGAACUGUAUUGAUUUUAUAAAUUAACUCCCAGUGUUACUUGCUGAUAGCAAUCAUCCCCAUGCAGCCUAUGUUUAGUCUGGACCUUAGUCGUGUUCUGGGAGUUUGGGGCCCAUGUUACUGUUUUUCUUUUUGGCGUCCAAAUGGGGAAUAAAGGGAAGAGUGGUACCUGACUAAAUGGUAAAUGAAAUAUGUAAGAAAAAUCAUAGGUCUGAAAGAACAUGUCUAAAACUUCUCAAGGAAGUAGGGGGGCUAGGCACUGAGAAAGGAAAUCAUCAGCCAGGGAAAACACCCAAGCUGAGCUGAAACCCUGUUUCCAUCUCUUAAAUCCAAAUGAUGCUUGGAACCUUUGGUACAGAAAUGGUCUCUGAUCUUUACCAUGGGGCAGGGUAAGCCUCAAAUAACUGAUCACUGAGUGCCAGCCUCUUUUACCCUUGUAAAAAGCAAAUGGAGCAUAAUCUGCCAUUGUGUGACCAGACUUUUCAGAAAACGUUCAGGCACCGGUUUCUCUUUUCAUUGUAUGUAUCCCUGAAGGAGGUCCAGAAGGAAAGGCAAAGACUCUCGAGCUGAUUCCCCCUUUUCUAAAGCAUUCUCACUUCCCUUCCUUACACGUGACAUUUCCCCCCCAGAGUGCCUGCAGUCUUCAUCAUGAAAAGAAACUUGCAAUAAGCAGCAAUAUAUCAUAAACAGAUUUAUACCUGCAAGGGUUCAUAACUGCACUAACGGAGCUGUUGCUUCCCAGCGUGUUGGUUUGAACGGCACUGGCCUGUAAUGGCAUCCCCUGGCAGACAGUCAAGCUGUAGAGGACACCUAAUAUCCAAGAGUUAGAGACUAUCGUACUAUACCCACCAAACCAUCUGCUUACCCCACCCCCACCCCUUUCCCAUGCGCCUGCCUCCUCACUCCCUCACCAACAUGUGUUUCCCAAGACACACGGCAUUAAAAAGAACAUCUUUAUACAAGUGGUUUCAUUUCCUAAAAUGCCAUAAGAAAAUGCAAUAUCUGGGUACUGUAUGGGGAAAACCAAGUCCGUGUUUGCAUAAAACCAGUACAUUUCAGCUUGCAAGUUACUGAACACAAUAAUGCUGUUCUCAUUAUGUUUUCAUUCACAUCAGUUAAAAAACACAAGUAAACAGUGUAGAUAGAACAAAUUGCAGAUAAGGAAAGAAAAAAAGACUUGAAUGAAACAGAUUUUACAGAAAGCUUUAUGAUAAUUUUAAUGCAUUAUUUAUUUUUUGUGCCAUGUAUUUUUUUUCUCACCAAAUGACCUUACCUGUAAUACAGUCUUGUUUGUCUGUUUACAACCGUGUAUUUAUUGCAAUGUACAUACUGUAAUGUUAAUUGUAAAUUAUCAGUUCUUAUUAAAACAUCGUCCCACGGUGGGGUGGUGUUGACAUAUUUGGAAACUCUUGGUGAGAGAAUGAACGGUGUGUAUACAUGCUCCUUGUACAUUUUUCUUUUCUUCUGUAAUAUAGUCUUGUCAUCAUAGAGCUUGUUUAUGGAAGAUUCAAGAAAAAUAUAAAAUACAUAAAGAUAUAUAAAUUUAAAUAUCAUAGCUGCAGGUCUUUGGUCCCAGGGCUGUGCCUUAACUGUAACCAAUCUUUUCUUCUGUUUUGCUGCAUUUCAAAGUGAAAUGAUAAUGAGGCUCGGGCUGGGCAUUUCGUAUCCACACUCUUCCCUGAUUGGAUUUCUGGCAAUAGCUGGAUUUUUUCAAAACUAUAGAUCACUGCUGGAGAACCUCCCGACACUUUUGAGAUACCAGCUCUUGAGUACUUGUUUCCACGGAGCAAGACUCCACAGAUGGUGACUGUUUCCCAGUGAGUACCAGGAGCUAUUGUACUUGGACAUAGUGGAUUGGCUUUCUUGUUCCCAAACCUGUACUAGGGAAAUGAUCUCCAGUGAUUAUAGAAUGGCUUGUUGGCGUCUAGACCUCACAGGAAGAUGAAUUUGAUUCAAAGCAGGAGUCAUAGCUCACUCAUCUUGGUUAAUCCUCUGCUCACCAGCUUCCUGUCAUACCAAAAAUUUAUACUAUUUUUAAUACUAAUUGUUCUCCAAGGUCAAAUUUAUAUAUGCAUAAUACAUAGUAUAUAUGUAUAUUGCAUAUACAUACACACUGUCUAAAUAUAUACAUGUAAAUCAUCUAACUUAAACAUAGUUAUAUGAUGCCAAUUCCCAUAACGUAGUGAAUUCAUGGCUCUCUAAAAUUGUUUCUGUAAAAAUGUAUGUCUUUGUAGGAUUGUUAGUGUGACCUUGCACAAUGGCUAGUCCUGAAAGCCAUGAGCGCUUCCUGGUGGAAAAUGUGGCCACCUCUCACUGCAGCCCAGCCCUUAGGACGUGUGACACAGUGAAAAGACAGAUUCUUUUUUCUAGGAAAAAACGAGCCUCUUAUUAUUUCAUUUUUAUUUUUGACACAAACUGUAGAUUUUAGCAGCCCUGGCCCAAAGGAAUUUGAUUACUUUUGUUUUAAACAGUACAAACGGGACACUAUACUUACAAAAUACAUCCUUACUGAUUUCAGUUUUUUAAUUGUUUUAUUUCUUUGGGUAUGUUUUCAGAGUGGUAAAUUGUGUGUGAGCAUCACAGAUGAUUCUGUUAGUGGUUUCUUAGCCUCUCUUACAGCCCAUGGGGAUAGUACUGUACAUCAAUACCUUCAUAUAAAAUUUUUAUAUGCAAUGAAAAUAAAAGCAUGGGUUGAUUCUGCCUA